AUGACGGUCUUACCUAGUCGAGAAGACCUUACUUCUCGUAUAGUCCCGUCGAUGGCUUUUAGCGAUGGCAGUCCCUCAUCUAUGACCCCCGCUCCUGCAUCGACGUUCGAAGGCGACCCCGCUGUUGGUGCCGAGAAGCGGUUUUCUGUCCGAGGAAAUGCGAUUGUUACUGGUGGUGCCGGAACUCUUGGUCUUCAAGGAUGCAAUGCCCUCCUCGAGCAUGGUCUUCAGGGGCUUAUGAUCUUUGAUAUCAACCCUGCAAAUUCCGAGAAGGAGAUCGCUCAACUGCGAGCUAAAUUCCCUGAAACCAAAAUCAAAUACCAAAAAGUCGACAUUACGGACGAAGAAGCUGUCAGUACCGCGGUAGACGAGACAGCCCGCGUCCUAGAUUCAGUCGAUAUACUGGUCUCGUUUGCUGGUAUCGUCGGUGUUAUUGAGUCUCUUGAGAUGCCCAUAUCCUCAUGGCGAAAGAUGCUGGAUAUCAACACUACAGGUGCAUUCAUCUGCGCCCAGGCCGCCGCUCGACAGAUGGUCAAGCAAGGAUCCGGAGGUUCAAUCACGUUCAUCUCAAGCAUAUCUGCACACCGCGUCAACUUUCCCCAACCACAAGUCGCAUAUAACGUGAGCAAAUCGGCUCUCUUGAUGUUGAAAAGCUCCCUUGCUGCUGAAUGGGCCCGAUAUGGCAUUCGCGUCAAUAGCGUGAGCCCUGGGUAUAUGGAUACAAUCCUUAAUGAGGGUGACGGAAUUGCUCCGCAUCGAGAAAUUUGGCGCCAGCGCAAUCCUAUGGGUCGAAUGGGUAGCCCAUCGGAGGUCGCCGGAGCAGUCGUCUUUCUUAGCAGUGCGAGCUCUUCAUAUAUCAAUGGGGCAGACAUUGUCGUUGAUGGAGGGGCCAUUGCACUCUAA